AUGGAUUCUGACAGCGGUUCCGUCGGCAGCCGUUCCUCCUCCCCAGAGCUGGUGGUGGGCUCCUCCAUGGGCAGUUUCUUCUCCAACCAGAUGUUCCAGGAGUACUGCCGCAAGGAAGGGAGCAGCCACGACGCCCAGGCCAGGAUGGAGAGGAGCCCUGGGGCCUCGGAGGAUCACCCCGGGGCCAAGGGCCGCAGCCGGGCCAACCUGUCUGGGGACGACCUGCAGGACCUGCGGCUGAAGGUGAACAGCCGCGAGCGCAAGCGCAUGCACGACCUGAACUCGGCCAUGGACGGGCUGCGGGAGGUCAUGCCCUACGCCCAGGGCCCCUCCGUCCGCAAGCUGUCCAAGAUCUCCACCCUGAUGCUGGCCAGGAACUACAUCCUCAUGCUGUCCGGCUCCCUGGAGGAGAUGAAGAAGCUGGUGGGGGACGUGUACGGUAGCGGGGCUGCUCAGGGCCACGCCGCCCGCCGCCUCGCCCACCAGACGCAGGCGGCGGCCGCACCACCUCCGCCCCAUCACCCGGUGUCCACCCCGCUGCCGCUGCUGCCCCUGGCCCAGUCGCUGCACUCGUUCGGGGGCAGCUCGGCAGCGCUCGCUGCCGCCGGCCUCCACCACCACGCGGCCAUACCGGGCCAGGCCCCGCACUCGCCGCCCUCGGCCGGGUACCUGGGUUUCCACACGUCGGCCCUGCCCAGCCUGCUGAAGGACCCGCUGCACCUGGCCUCCUCCUACAGGCACUUCCCUGGCAUGCCCUGCCCCUGCUCGCUCUGCCAGCCUCUGCCCGUCUCCUCGUCCAGUCUGCACAGCCUCAAGUGA